CUGUUUUACCACCUUUGUCAUAAGAAAAAGAGCCUAUUAGCAUAGCAAGCAGUUUCAUAACCCAAAACCAAGGAAAAGCUGUUCUUAUUCCAUUUCUCCAAAAUAUUAGAUAUUUAUUUCCAGCCGAGGAAAUUGUAUGUGUCAUUUAGUGGAUACAACAUGCGAUGGCAUAAGAAAUUCAAAGUGCUUCGAUGCUACAUUCUCAUCCUAGGCUGGCUGGGAAUAAUACUGCUGUUUUUGUCAUACUGGAGAGUGGAAACAGACUCUUCUCACCCUGCUCCUCCUCCUCUUCAAGUGAAUAGCGGGUCGCAGCCUUUCCAGACUUCUGUACAGCAAGAGAAGCCCCGCAGUAAAAAACUACGACACCAGUGCAACCCACCAGACCGCAUACAGAGACAUCAGGAAGGUGUCUUGCCUCCACAAUAUGAACUGAGCGGAGUGAUGAUUGUUCUCCGCCAUGGUGACAGAGGUCCCUUGCUACACGUGAGAAAUCUGUCUAGUAUAAAUUGUGGCUACAAGAGCUAUGGCACACAAGUUUAUAAAAAAUAUGUUAGUGAUAUCCUGAAUGUUUCCAAGACUAAUUCCUACAUCAAUUUUGUUGGUCCGUUCAUGAAGUAUCCAUUACUGCCAUUGCCAUCGAAAUGUGGUAUUGGACAUCUUACUCCGCAGGGUGUUCUUCAGCAUUUACAGCUGGGAAAGAUUCUGAAAGAGAUAUAUUUCUACGAAUUCAAUCUUUUGGGCAACAAGCAAGAACUAGAUGAUAUAGUUAUUUAUAGCACAAAGUAUCGGCGCACAUUUCAGAGUGUUCUUGCAUUUCUAUAUUCAUUCAUUCCAAAUUUUGAUAUCUCGAAAAUUCGCAUGCGUGAAGGAAAAGGAGUUAGCUUUUGUGAGAAUGAUUGUCGCUGUGAGAAGACUGAUUAUUUUGAUCAGAAAUAUGACCAGGAACGUAAGGAUUACCGCAAAUCGCACCCUGGUGUAGUUGAUCUUGUUCGUAGUAUUAACCCGUUAAUUAAGGCAAAUCCAUCAGCUGAAGAUAUUGUGAAUCCAUUAGUAAUGCGAGAUGCACUUCUCUCUUAUGUUUGCCAUGGUGCAACAUUACCCUGUAAUAAUGACAAGUGUGUUAAAGUGGAAGAUGUCACAAGUCUUAUAUCAUACGAAGAGUGGGAAGGAAAACAAAAGCGCACUUCAGCACAACGUAAGGCUGCAAAGUUAAGGUCUUAUGGCUUGUUGAAAAAUAUUAUAGCAACCAUGGAUGGAAUGAUUGGAGACGCUAAGCCUCGUGUAGUGAUUUACUCGGGCCAUGACAAAACCCUCAAGUAUUUACUUGACAGUCUUGCUGUCCCAAAUUAUCAACUUCCAUAUUAUGCCUCUCGCUUGAUAGUGGAACUGUAUCGCAAUUCAUCUGUUGCACAAAAUUCAGAAUAUCGUGCAAGUUAUUUCUUUCGCCUUGUUUACAAUGGAAAAGACAUUACAAAGUCAAUUCCGUUUUGUGAUAGUUUUACAAUAAAACAACUGAAAUCUGGCAGCGUAAAACGAGGAACUAUAAGUCUGUGUGGUGUUGGCAAACUUGAGACAUACAUCAGACCAGAAUUAUAUUUUAAGGAAUUUAAUGCAGUCUCAUAUCGUGAAGCAUGUCGGAAAUAGUAUAGAUUUCACGUACCUAGACGGUGGAGGUUCAGAAUUUCUUGAUCAGAAUUCUAGUCAUAUUUCUUGUCAAUGUUAAGACUUAUCAGUAUUAUACUAGUCUAACGACUUCUUUACAAAAUAUAAUUUAAAUAUUUUAUUAUCAUGGUAUUUUUAUUAAUUGAAUACUGGGAAAUACAAGCAUGUACAUACAGUAAAGUAAUAAGACAGUGCCAUUUAUAAUACAGUACAUGUAUUACUUUUAUAUAACAAUUAUGGUACCUUUGAUUAAACACGAUAACAUGGAGACCAUUGAAGUGACACUGUAUACUGUAUAGUAAUGUAUUGGAACCCCAAGAGCACUUUAAUGGUGCCCAUUAUCAAAAUUAUUAUGUUGCUGCUAUUUAUUUAGUCAUAUAUUACAUGCAUCAUAUCUUCUCAUCUCUUCAUAUUUCACUUUUACAACGUGUUCACAUACAGUAGUAAGUUUAAAUUACUGUAUUUCAUUAUAUUACAAUGUACAGUAUGUAUAUGUAAAUGUAACACUUAGAAUUGUAUAUAAAGUGUAUACAUAUAUGCAUACAUGUAUAGUACAUACAUAUAUGUACUAUAAUCUCUCUUAUCAGGAGUAAUAUGUGCUACAUGGUGUCCAUACAGUAUAGGUAAAAAUAUGAAUUAACGUGCUGUGUUCUGCAUGACGUCUGCGCGUUCAUCAUAUCACUGCAUGAUGUCAGUUCUGGCUGCAACUAAAUGGCUCCCAGAACUGAAGGACAAGAGUUAUGAGGAGAGGUUAGAGGCAUUAAAUAUGCCAAAACUCGAAGAUAGAAGAAAAAGAGGCGAUAUGAUCACUAUGUACAAAAUAGUAA